GGUAUAUUUACGUUUUGCCCUUGAUCAGGUUCACAAACCUUCCGAAACAGUGUCAUGUCUCGUUCAAACAUAGUAAGUUGUACGUGAAUGUUUAUAGGUUAAACGCGGCAUUUUGGAAUCAUGUCGACAAAUCCGAAAAGGACAGUAUAUGUUGGAGGAUUAGCAGAAGAAGUAGACGAGAAAGUGCUCCAUGCUGCAUUCAUACCCUUUGGGGAUAUAAUGGAUAUUCAGAUACCACUUGAUUAUGAGACAGAGAAACAUAGAGGUUUUGCUUUUGUAGAAUUUGAAUCGGCAGAAGAUGCAGCUGCAGCAAUAGAUAAUAUGAAUGAUUCAGAACUCUUUGGGAGAACAAUUCGAGUAAAUCUUGCCAAACCUCAGAAAAUCAAAGAAGGGUCUUCUAAGGCAGUAUGGUCAGAUGAUACUUGGCUGCAGGAGCAUGCUGGAAAGACUCUGAACAAGGAUGGUGAAUCUGGGACGAAACGAGCAGCAGAAGAUUCUGAAAAGGAGGAAGAACCAGAAGUUAAGAAAGCAAAGAAAAAUCCGCAAGUAUACUUUGAUAUCAAAAUAGGGAAGAACAACGUUGGAAGAAUAAUAAUCAUGCUGAGACCUGACAUAGUUCCAAAGACCGCAGAGAACUUCAGAUGUUUGUGCACCCAUGAGAAAGGUUAUGGGUACCAGGGCAGUACCUUUCACAGAAUAAUUCCAGAGUUUAUGUGUCAGGGUGGAGAUUUUACAAACCACAAUGGAACAGGAGGAAGAUCAAUAUAUGGGAAGAAAUUUGAAGAUGAGAAUUUUACUUUAAAACAUGUAAAUCCAGGCACACUAUCAAUGGCAAAUUCUGGUCCAAACACAAAUGGCUCCCAGUUCUUUCUCUGUACAGCACGAACAGAUUGGUUGGAUGGUAAACAUGUUGUGUUUGGACAUGUUAUAAGUGGUAUGGAUGUACUGAAGAAGAUGGAGAAAUGUGGAACAAAAUCUGGAACUCCAACAGAGAAAGUAAUAAUAUCGGCAUGUGGAGAGCUGGUGUGAUACUUAUGAAUGUAUAUAUGUGAAUUAUAACAAGUUUUACAUGUUAUCAGGAUUGUUAUUACUGUUAUCACAGCAUUGCAUAUGACAUUUGUCCCAUUAUUGCUGAGCCAAGUUUAUCCAGGUCUGUAUCAGAUUUACCCAAGUUUAAUGCCAAAAGGGAGAGAAAACUUGUUAAAAUAUUGUUUGUUUAUUUUGUGGUAUGGAUACAAAUU